GAUCCUCUGAGCUGUGGACUUGUUUCUGUUUAUUGGCCUCACCUGUUGAUCCCCUGAUUAGCACCUGUAUUUAAGUUCCUCUGUUUGUUUUUCCCGUUGUCGGGUCAUUCUGUGUUCACCCUCUGCGUCCUCCUGUGUUCUCCCCGUGCUGCCUGAGGUCUUGUAAGUUUAGUUUCAUUAAAAUAUUUUUGUUUAACCCCAUGCGCCUGCCUCUGCCUCGUUGCCGCCUAGGUCCUCGCCUCCACAAUCCUGACAGAAAUGACCCGACCAAGAGAGGGCCAGGCAACGGGGCUAAAAGGAAUCGGGCUGUGUAAUCAGCUCUGGAGACAGCCCCUUGUGCAGCUGCCUCCUAGCCGCUCCGGGGCUCCUCCUGUCUGCCACCGCUCUGGCCAGCCCGAUCCCUGGGACUCAAUCGGGAGGACGCUCUCCUCCCACCAUGAGCAGCUUCGGUCGCUUGGGGAAGCAGUUCAGACCACCCAGGAUCUGCUGCGAGGGCUGUCGGGCCGGAUCGGUCAGCUGACGGUUGCUGUCCUCGCCCGCCAGCAGAAUCGCCCUUCCGCGGCGCUGCCCAGCGCACCCGGACCGCCGCUGCCCAGCGCACCCGAGCCGUCCGAGGUCUCCAGCGCACCCGAGCCGUCCGAGGUCUCCAGCGCACCCGAGCCGUCCGAGGUCUCCAGCGCACCCGAGCCGUCCGAGGUCUCCAGCGCACCCGAGCCGUCCGAGGUCUCCAGCGCACCCGAGCCGUCCGAGGUCUCCAGCGCACCCGAGCCGUCCGAGGUCUCCAGCGCACCCGAGCCGUCCGAGGUCUCCAGCGCACCCGAGCCGUCCGAGGUCUCCAGCGCACCCGAGCCGUCCGAGGUCUCCAGCGCACCCGAGCCGUCCGAGGUCUCCAGCGCACCCGAGCCGUCCGAGGUCUCCAGCGCACCCGAGCCGUCCGAGGUCUCCAGCGCACCCGAGCCGUCCGAGGUCUCCAGCGCACCCGAGCCGUCCGAGGUCUCCAGCGCACCCGAGCCGUCCGAGGUCUCCAGCGCACCCGAACCGCCAUCCGAGGCCUCCACUGUACCUAAGCUUCCUGAUUUUCCCAGCGUUCUGGAGACCUGUGAUCUUUCCAGUGCUCACGGGUCCUGCCGCUGGUCUCUAGGGUUUCGGCGGCUGCCUGAGCUGCAGCUUUGUCUCCGUGGUCUCCUGCAGCGGCGCCCGCCACUGGCUCUGCUUUUCCGCCGCCGUUUCCGCCGCCGGGGUCGUCCACCUCGACGUCCACCUCUGGCUCUAAGGUCGAGCAAGUUAUUGGUGUCUGUUUUUUUUUUUUUUCUCGUCCUUCCGAAGGGCCUCUCCGCCCGCCCUGGCUGGAUUUUCUUUUUUGGACUGGACAUUGGUGGGCGUCUGGAAUCCGCCCUUAAGAGGGGGGUAAUGUCAGGAUCCUCUGAGCUGUGGACUUGUUUCUGUUUAUUGGCCUCACCUGUUGAUCCCCUGAUUAGCACCUGUAUUUAAGUUCCUCUGUUUGUUUUUCCCGUUGUCGGGUCAUUCUGUGUUCACCCUCUGCGUCCUCCUGUGUUCUCCCCGUGCUGCCUGAGGUCUUGUAAGUUUAGUUUCAUUAAAAUAUUUUUGUUUAA